AUGCAUUGGCUUGGACAUGCAUACACUCAUUUUGAAAAAGAGGAGGAAGAAAGGAAGGAAGGAAUAGAUGAUACCCCCCGCCACGGCGCAGGAAAAGUUUGUGAUGUGCUUUUUUCCGGGCAUUUGCAUCACUUUUUAGUAGUUAGCAUGCAUAGAGCGAUGCAUUGGCGGCGUAGGUUAUUACGGUAAUGUUCAAAAAGUUUGAAGAGC